UAAUUUGAAAACAAGGGUUAAUAUGUUCGUUUUAUUAUGAACCUUGGCAAAGAAGAAUGUAAUAUUUGUACACAUCUUGCAUUUUCAGAAAAUGACCAACAAACCAUAGUAAUAUCCGUGGUUGUUGUGGCAGUGGCUUCGUUUGCUUCAGCUGUUGUGGGUGCUGUUGCUAUUGUUUAUAGAAAAAGAAGAAGAAAUGCCCUCGAGUCUAGAGAUAAUGUUACUUCUAAAAGAAAUAGCAACGUUUAUAGUGAUACUGAUGAUGGUGCUGUAAAUAACUGUUAUUCCAAAGACGAUGUAAUUCAAUCACCUAAUAGAGAUCAAAUCAAGACAAAUGUACAGGUUGUGGUCAUAGCCAAUGAUCUGCCAGCACGUAAACCAGACAACACUCCUCAGAAAAGCAACCAUCCACCUAUAAAGCCCAGAAAAUCUCGAGCGGCAUUCAGCAAUAAAGAAGCUGAAAACGAGGGAUCAGGGGACAUUUCUAGUGAGUUGGGUGAACACCCUGUAUUCCAAACAAACUCAAAUGAUAUAGAUACUAAAGUUAAUGCUAAACAUGUUACAACUCCUGAAAGCAGUUCGAAAUGUGUUCCUGAAGAAGAGAUGAAAGAUAAUUUCCUUUAUAGCAUGGACGAUACGGAAUUCCAAGAUUCUCAAAUCUGUGUUCCUGAAGAAGAGAUGAAAGACAAUUUCCUUUAUAGCAUGGACGAUACGGAAUUUCAAGAUUCUCAAAAAUGUGUUCCUGAAGAAGAGAUGAAAGACAAUUUCCUUUAUAGCAUGGAUGAUACGGAAUUUCAAGAUUCUCAAAUCUGUGUUCCUGAAGAAGAGAUGAAAGACAAUUUCCUUUAUAGCAUGGACGAUACGGAAUUUCAAGAUUCUCAAAUCUGUGUUCCUGAAGAAGAGAUGAAAGAUAAUUUCCUUUAUAGCAUGGACGAUACGAAAUUCUAAGAUUCUGUAAACUGAGAUCCGAAGAAGAUUUAAAACUUAAUCCAGCUUUUCGCGUGAUAAACAAGUAAUGAUUUCAUGAGACAUGCCAAGCGAUUCUCGUCAAAGAGUACAAGAAGAGCCAGAAACAUGUUCCAGCCAGACGAAGAUAUGAUGAUGGAUCCAGUUUAUAACGUGAGAGACAAUAAACCGAUAAUUGUUCCUCAAGACAACAUGUCAAGUGACGGGAAUGAAGAAAGGCUGGACAAUCUUGCACAAUGUAUUCCUAAAAAGGAUUCAAAAAUCAAUUAUAUUUACUACAUGGAAGAUGGCGAUCAGAACUGUAUUUUAAGAGACACAUGUGAAAAAACAGAUAAGUCCACCAAGCAUGUGUAACUGAAAAAAAACAUGAUAGUAAUCAAAGCAUUAUUUAAGAAAUAGACAUGAACAAAACAUAAUGCUAGUUACUACAUGGCAGAUAAUGAAUCUUACUUAAGAUGAUGUGGUGCACAAACAAUCAGAUAAAACUAAUUUGGAGAAUAGUCGAAACUGACUUCCAGAUUAGUAAAAAUACUACAAUCGACUCACAUUACCUUUGACUCUAGCAGUUACAAACUUGAAGAUAAUAAUAUUAAUAAUGAGCAACUUCUAAAAGUGUAGAUAUACCUAAAAUGAAUUUCAUAAAACGUGGUGGAUUUGUGCAUCUUUGAUUUCAUAGAUAUCGUGUGGUUUUCGGAGCAAUGUUUUGUGUGAAAAAAAUUCUUUAUUUCU